GACCCACGUGAAGGAGCGUGACGGACCCCCGGCGAGCGAGCCGUGGACGGAAUCGGGUAUGGUCGGGGUCCGUGACCCCGGUUGGGUCAGCACACCGCGACGCGUUUGUUUGGGUUAUCGAUUCGCGGGGCCUGUUUGUACACGAGCACGCGAGGUUUAAAUUCCGGUCGCGCCUCGCUCCCUCUCCCUUUCUCCAACCACUACCAUCCCGCCUAGCUCGCCCAUUCCCUCGAGCGCUUUCAUACACUCCUAUUCACUGCGCCCUUUCCCAGGCGUUCAACAUUAUCUCACUAUUCGACCAUCAUCUCUGCCAAUAUCAUGUCCUGCGGGUCCAUAUCAGGCUCAGCCUCGUCGUCCUCUUCGAACGCAUCGCCCCAACCGCUGGACAAUGCAACAGGAUAUACAACUCCUGAGGACAACGAGACUGCGGAGAGCAACGAGCAACUGCUCGAGGCGGACGAGCUCUUCUUCGACUUUGCGAAGUGGGAGCACGAUUCCACGCCGGAAGCCUCCUCGUCGGGCAGACAGUCUCCGCCGAGCUUGUCCGAGGCCUCGUCGGGUGCAGCAUGUGCCUCGCCUGCCGGGUCGGCCCCUGAUUCCCUGCCUCCACCACCCUCGGACGCGCCCUCUGCGGCACCCCCACCAGCUGCAUCCACCACCGCGCGACCCAGAGCUGGCCUGAAGCGCAAGAGGGCGGCUUCUGACGAGGGUGAAGCCGCCCCUGUGCCCGCUCACCUCCGGAACGGGCGCGCCCCAAGGAUCGCGCCGCAAGCUAAGCCGACGCACAGGGACCGUAGCGAGGUCACCUGCACAUACACUUCUGAGGACGGCCAGAAGUGCGGCGAGCACGCGGUGGCGGAGCACCUGUGGGACCAUGUCCGGCACGCCCACGGAUUCCAGCACCUCGUCCAGCCCGAGCCUGCGCCACACACGGUGCAGUGCUCGUGGGAUGGGUGUGACUUCGCGGCGAUGAAGGAGGAGGUCGUCGAUCACUGGUGCGAUGUCCACCAUGGGUCGCUCGCGGACGCUCGCAAGGAUGACCGGGCGCAGGGGAUCGUCCUUGCUCCCAAGCAGGUGCGCUGCCGAUCGUGCGCUGGCGACAUUGGGGGUCGACGCGCAUUCAUGCAGCAGACCCAGCUUCUGCGACACUUGCGGGACACCCACUGGGAGUUCGGGACGUGGUGUGACUGCUGCGGGAAGCGCCGCAGAGACGACACGCUUGGGAAGGGGGCGCGGGACCAUCGGAAGACUUGCCUGGAGAGGUUCAUGAGGAACAACCACUUCGAGGACCCGGAAAGGCGGUAGCGGCGUUAGGG